UAGACCAAGAUGGAGGCUUGUACUGGAACACAAUCGAGUCAGGACUUACCCGCUGCUUGGCAACACGACAAAGCGUUGGGUGAUUGUAUGAUAAAACUCUAUGAAAACAAACUGUGGACAGAUGUCAAGUUCAAAUGCAAAGAUCAUGGCGACUAUGAAAGGAUUCAUGCGCAUAAAAUAGUUCUUGCUGCAAGAAGUCCCGUGUUUCAGGCGAUGUUUUUUGGUCAAUGUACAGAAGAAAAAGAAGACAUUCUACUUGAUAGUAUUGAAGCAGAAACAUUUGAUUUAUUCUUGAGAUAUACUUAUAUGGACAAAGUGACCUUAACAGAAGAUUUGGCUGCAUCGGUUCUAGAGACAGCUCACUAUUACCAGGUGACUAAUCUUGUGCAAUUGUGUGCCGACUUUCUGGCUUCGUGUGUCAGGCAUGACAACGUUUGUGGUAUUCUAUCGCUGGCACAGCGUUAUGAGGUCAGUUCUCUUUGUAAAGUAUGCUGCAUUUUUAUUGACGAAAAUGCUGAUGAAGUGAUGGAAUCUGAAGGCUUUCUAGAACUUUCAGAAAAUGUCCUAUCAUUCAUUUUGAAAGGAGACACAUUUUAUGCAGACGAGACAAAUAUAUUUAAAAAAGCAGAAGAAUGGGCAGAGAAGAAACUGAAAGAAAGUCAAAUUGAAAACAAUGGGCAAAAUAUGAGAAAAAUAUUAGGACCAACAUUUUAUAACUUGAGACUACCCUCUAUGUCACUCGAUGAAUUUCUGAAAUGUACACGUAGGAAAGGUUAUUUUUCUAUGGAAGAAUAUGAGGAUAUUGUUGAUUUCAUCAACAGAACGCCUGAUACAACCGUCAAUAGCAAUUCAUGCAUAUCUAGGCUGCCAAAUGUAGAAACAAUAUACUGUUCUGAUGAACAAAAUACUGAGGUUGCAAGUGACACAAUGCAGACAAGUUUUUAUGUAACUAUUCACAGGGAUGUGAAAUUAAAAGCAGUGGAAUUGGCGGAAAUAUUUCCUUUUUUGGAAUAUGAUAACAUUUUAUAUAGUAAUAUAAAUAAUAGGUCUGUGUACUUUAAUUCAUCGGAUUCAGUACAAUAUGCGUUAUCACAAUAUACUAAUCAAGUCAUUGAACUAGUUUCAAGCCAUCGUCUGUGUAAACUUGAGAAACAAAUAGGCCAGGACCUGCCAGAGGGUGUAGAAAUUAUUAUAACAGGAAGUUUGAAAUUGUCAUGCAAGAAAGAAAAAAUCGAGACGGUAGCAGUUGAUGAUGAUGAUGUAGAUAAUGGAAACAAUGAUGAAGAUGAUGAUUCUGGCAAUGAUGAUGAUGACGGGAAGAUAUAUCAGGUAUUUCAACAAGAUUUGCGGCUGGCUUCCAUGGAUAAGGCAGAACGCAAAAUUACUCUUGAACAGCCGGUAAUUCUUGAAAAAUCAAGAUCGCCGUAUAUUUUUACGCUUGAUCUAAAGAACGAAUAUUCACGUUCAGUUAAAAUGAAGACAGGACUAAGUUCAGAGAAAACUUUCACAAGUUAUUAUGAUGUCUUUGAAGUGGAAGAUAUAGAGGGAGAAUUUAGAGGGGUCCGAAGUCUUUGUUUUGAAAAUAUAUCAAAUCGUGAUGAGUGUUAGAACAAGUUAAGCAAGUAUUUAAAAAAAAAUUCUGUGGACACAAUGCAUCAUGGAACAAGCGUUUACACUUUUACUUUUUAGGAAUGCGUAAAUCUAUGUGCAAUGUACUUAUUGUAAGAUGUAUGAACAUGAAGAUCAUUAAGCUAUGAGUGAAGUUUAUUUCAAUAUUCAUAACUAGCUAUAAGUAAUCAUAUAACCUCUUUGUUUUUGUUGGAUACUAGUUAACCUAUCUUAUGAAAAUAACAUAAUCAUAUUUUUCAGGUUGAUAAAAGGGAUCUUUAUGCUUUAUUACGAGUCUUUUUUGGGGGUGGCGUGUUAUUUGUUGUUAUUUUUGUGUUAUGUUUGUUGUUUUUGUUUUUUUUUCUAGAAAAUGGUUCGCUACUUAUAUAUAAUACAUUGGUUACAUCGUCCCCGAAUAUUAUGAGAGACUGUACUUUCAAGGUCUCUCUUCAAUCGAUAUUGUUAAUUUUCACUGUCAGUGGUGAUAUUUUUUCAAUUGUGUUUUUAGACCUCCAAGUUGAUUUUCGAAAUUUAUUAUAAAGCAAACAGUUCUUAAAUAUGAAUAGACAAUAAAACAGUUAUGUACUUGCUGUUGUUGUUUCGAUUAUUGUUGUUGC